AUGGGUGCUGACCCCUGGCAGAGCGUGGCCGUAUCGGGUCGCAACCAGGGCCCAGGCUCACUUCCUGCCAGGAGCACCAACACCCUCCGGUAUCCCCCACAGAGGUUGCCACAGACGGUAUCCCCCACAGAGGUUACCACAGUCAGUAUCCCCCACAGAGGAUGCCACAGCCAGUAUCCCCCACAGAGCUUACCACAGUCGGUAGCCCCCCACAGAGGAUGCCACAGCCGGUAUCCUCCACAGAAGUUACCACAGCCGGUAUCCCCCACAGAGGUUGCCACAGCCGGUAUCCCCCCACAGAGAGUGCCACAGCCAGUAUCCCCCACAGUGGUUGCCACAGCCGGUAUCCCCCCACAGAGACUGCCACAGCCAAUAUCCCCCACAGAGGUUGCCACAGCCGGUAUCCCCCACAGAGGUUACCACAGUCAGUAUCCCCCACAGAGGAUGCCACAGCCAGUAUCCCCCACAGAGCUUACCACAGUCGGUAGCCCCCACAGAGGAUGCCACAGCCGGUAUCCUCCACAGAAGUUACCACAGCCGGUAUCCCCCACAAAGGUUGCCACAGCCGGUAUCCCCCCACAGAGACUACCACAGCCAAUAUCCCCCACAAAGGUUGCCACAGCCAGUAUCCCCCACAGAGGUUGCCACAGAUGUUAUCCCCCACAGAGGCUGCCACAGCCGGUAUCCCCCACAGAGGUUGCCACAGCCGGUAUCCCCCACAGAGGCUGCCACAGCCGGUAUCCCCCACAGAGGUUGCCACAGCCGGUAUCCCCUACAGAGGGCAACUACACAAUAAGGGGUCUGGAGGUUGUAGUUGUCAUGGCAUGCUCUCACAAUACCUCACAGAUCCACUGUGCACCUGUCAUCAGAUCCAGUGCGUUGGUAAACAUUCAGAGGGGAUGA